UUUUUAUUUUAGAAAAAAGGGUGGAGAGAGAUCCGACCCCAGCAGCUUCGUUCCGUUGUUCUUGGAUUCUUCCCGCCGCGAUUGCUCUGCCAAAGGCUUUUCAUCACCCUACGGUUCUACUCUUCAGAGUUUACUUCAUUCCUGUUCAAUUCCAUAGCAACUCCUACCCGCAUCGAAACCCUUGAUUUGUACACAUCUCUGAGCUGAUUUGGGCUUUGCUUAAGUUUCAGCUCGAAAUUCCCUUGGAAUUUUGAGGGUUUUAGCAGUUUUCUGUACCUGGGUAGUUCAAUUCCGGUGCAAACUGGCUAUGGACUACGAACCUUACGAUAGUAGCGGAACUGAUGAUGAUCUUCCACCUACCCAUCAAAAUAGAAUCCCUAGAGGGGGACGUCUUGCUGGAAAUGGAAGAUCUGCUGUAGGUUCAAUUCCAUAUCCCAGGAUGUAUGGUGAAACUGAUAUGGAGACUCAAAUUCACCAACUUGAACAAGAGGCAUACAGUGCAGUUCUACGAGCCUUUAAAGCUCAAGCUGAUGCCAUUACUUGGGAGAAGGAAAGUUUGAUUACAGAACUCAGAAAAGAACUGAGAUUAUCAAAUGAGGAACACAGAGAACUUCUGGGUCGGGUCAAUGCAGAUGAUGUCAUACGAAGAAUAAGAGAGUGGAGACAAGCAGGAGGCCAUCAACCUGGUGCAUUGGGAACGGGACAAGCGAUGCAUGAUUCAAUUCCAAGUCCUACAGUAUCUGCAUCUCGAAAGAAGCAGAAGAUAACACCAUCUGUGCCAUCACAAUCUUUUGGCGGGCCUUCUCCUCCAUUUCACCCCCAACCAGUGGCUAUGUCCCACCAGCCAUCUUCAUCUUCAGCAAAACGAGGAACAGUUCCUGGAUCCAAGGGUAAAAAGAACAAACCGGGUCAAAUAUUACCUGGUGCAUCUUCGAUGAAGCAGUAUCCUUCCUCAGGACCAGGCGGAAGGAACCAAGUAACCAAUAGGGUUUCCUCUGGUGCCAUUAUGGGAGAGCCUGCUGAGGGAACAACAUUUGAUUCAUUGAUUGGUAGAAGAGUGCGAACAAGGUGGCCUGAUGACAAUAAUUUCUAUGAAGCUGUUAUCACUGACUACAAUGCAGCUGAGGGUCGACAUGCUUUGGUCUAUGACAUGGGGACAGCAAACGAAACUUGGGAAUGGGUUAAUCUGUCAGAGAUCUCUUCUGAAGAUAUACAAUGGGUGGGUGAGGAUCCUGGAAUCAACCAUCGUGGGCCUUACACUGGGCCUGCUCAUGGUAUGAAUAGGCCUGUAGGCCGUGAUAGUCUUCCAGGAGCUGGAAGAGGUAGAGGAACCACAAAGGGACAAUCUAAAAAAGAUUUUUUGCCAUUACAGAAUGGCAUCGGAAAAAGGGCUCCAGAUGAUAUACAAAUACGUCAUACAGACACGUUAAUCAAGGAGGUGGAGAGGGUAUUCAGCGCAAAUCAUCCUGACCCCGCUGAAAUUGAGAAAGCCAAGAAAGCAUUGAAGGAUCAUGAACAAUCUCUGAUUGAUGCAAUUGCAAGACUCACAGACCUCUCUGAUGGUGAAAGUGAUGAAGGCGGCCGACAUUUCCGACAUGCUCAAACGAUGGAUCGAGAUUGACAAAAGGGCAGAGGUAAUUUGGGGCGGACUCAAAAUGGAAAAAAGAGUGAACUUUGUCGUUGUUGUAUUAUGCCAUGAAGAUAUUUCCUUCUAACACAUGAUAACUUGUAGGUUUCUGGGUUCUUGUGGAUUAGUCAUUGUGUAGGGUCACAGUCACAGUUAUUAUAGUUUGGUUAUAGUUAUUUCAGGUUAAAAUUUGACCUAGGACCAACUGACCCGAUGCUUGUAUAGUAUUAUCCCCAUUAGUGAUGCUCUGUAUAAUUUCGUGCA